AUGCCUGCGCUCGAGCCGUUAACAAUUGCACUCAAUAGUUCCAACCCGAGCGUCCGGCGCAACGCCGCGUGGGGGAUUGGCGAGUUGACGAACAUGGAAGAAGGCGACCGGGGACCCGCGGUUCCGUCGCUGGUCGUGCUGCUAGACGAUUCGGAUGAAUGGGUGAGAAUGGCCGCGGCUCGCGCGCUGGGAGAGAUCCGAGACGAACGCGCGGUGGAGGGACUGAUUGCGCAGCUAUCGGACCGUCAAUGGAAGGUAAGGAAGCUUUCCGCCUGGGCGCUCGGCGAGAUGAAGGAGAAGAGCGCCGUUGAGAGUCUGUGCAAGGCGCUAUUGUCUGACACGCAGUCCGAAGUGCGAAUCACAGUGGCAUGGGCGCUCGGCGAAGUGCAGGACAAGCGCGCGGUCGACCCUCUCUGCAAGGCGCUGGUGUCUGACGCCGAGUCCGAGGUUCGCCGAACCACCGCGUGGGCGCUUGGCGAGAUUCAAAGUCGCAAAGCUGUCUCCUUCUUAAAGCAGGCCCUGUCAGAUCCGGACGAGCGCGUGCGCGCCUAA